UGGCCGCAAGCGCAGGCCCAGCCCGCCCCCCGUUUUCCGUUCUGCGGCGCCGCCGAAGCCGCUGGGGUCUCCGCCGAGUCUCAGACGUCUGGAAGCAGGGCCGCUCCGCCAGGAACCAUGCCGCGUGGAAGCCGGAGCCGCACCUCCCGCAUGGCCCCUCCGGCCAGCCGGGCCCCACAGAUGAGAGCUGCACCGAGACCAGCGCCCGCAGCUCAGCCGCCAGCAGCGGCUCCCCCAUCUGCUGUUGGCUCGCCUGCGGCUGCACCCCGGCAGCCCGGUCUCAUGGCCCAGAUGGCAACCACUGCAGCCGGCGUGGCUGUGGGCUCUGCUGUCGGGCACACAAUAGGUCAUGCCAUCACUGGGGGCUUCGGUGGAGGAAGUAGUGCUGAGCCUUCAAGGCCUGACAUCACUUACCAGGAGCCUCAGGGAGCCCAGCCAGCGUACCAGCAGCCACAGCAGCAGUUUGGCCCAUGCCACUAUGAGAUGAAACAGUUUCUGGAGUGUGCCCAGAACCAGGGUGACCUUAAGCUCUGUGAAGGUUUCAGCGAGGUGCUGAAACAGUGCAGAUUUGCAAAUGGAUUAGCCUAAUCAAGAAGUUCAAAUUGAAGACACAGAAAAUCAUCUCUCAUGACCAAGUUAAUUUAGCAUAAAAAUAUAAUUAAUAGUGAAUAUAUAAAGUAUAAAACCACCAGUUAAGCCUCUCCAUCAUUAAUUACAGCUUUCUUCAGAAUUAGAAUGAAAAAGCAUGUUCUUACUGAAUAGAAGUUCACUGAGAUGGUUUGAGUUUGGGGCUGGGAGGAUGUUUGUGUGCCUCCUUAAAUCACCUUUUGUGAUGUUCUCAUUUGUGAACUAAUUAGAAUAAAGUGAUUUUCUCUCAAAA